AUGUUUUUGUAAGUUUUUCUUUUGAAAUUUUCAGCCAAAAAAUUCUCCCCAAGUUUUUUUCCAGAAAGAAACUCAAAUAAAAGUCAUAUUUCUGGCGGUUUUUAAUUAAUUUUUUAUUGAAAACUUUUUAAUUAAUAACAUUUUUUAAUUAAUGAAAGUUCUGAAAUUUCAAAGUUUUUCAAUAUUUUUUUGAGUUAAAGUCCAAAAAAAUCUGACAAUUUUUUUUGUGAUUUUUUUUUGCAUUUCUCGAAACUUCCUCACUAUUUAAAAAAUCAAAUUCAAAUUUAUAUUUAAUUUUUGCAGACACCAAAACCAAGAAGCAAAGAUGGCAGACUUGGAAGCAGUGCUGGCUGAUGUCAGCUAUUUGAUGGCAAUGGAAAAAAGUCGAAGUCAGCCAGCGGCGAGAGCGAGUAAAAGAAUUGUUCUGCCUGAUCCGAGGUUAGUUCGAGAUCUCUUAUUUUGAGCAGCAGAAAAAGAUUUUCUGGAAACUUGAUUUGUAUAAAUUAAAAGUUUGAAGUUCUUAAUUUUGCCACAUGGAAACAAUAUCGUUCUCCAAAAUUCUUAUCAAUUUAAUAUUUCAGUGUGCGAAGUAUAAUGCAAAAAUAUCUGGAAAAAACGGGCGAAAUCAAAUUCGACAAAAUCUUCAAUCAAAAACUCGGUUUUUUGUUGCUCAAAGAUUUUGCGGAAAAUGUUGCAGAAAAUGCGUGUCCACAGAUCAAAUUCUAUGAAGCCGUGAGUUUUUUUUCGAUUUUUCUACAGUAACCCAUGAAAUUAUUAUUAGUUUAAUUUUUAGGGGUUUCGAAGCGAUAAACUUACAGUAACCCAAAAAAAAGUUCUCCCCCUUUUCCGGGUCCCCAGACGAAUACAGUAACCCCAAUGUUUUUUGUAGAUCAAAGAGUAUGAGAAAAUGGAAACACCGGAAGAACGUUUGACAAAAGCUCGUGAAAUUUAUGAUCAUCAUAUUAUGGUUGAGAUGUUGGCACAUUCACAUGUGAGUUUCAAAAUAUUUUAGCGCGAAAAAAAUAUUGAUCGAUUUUAUUUGCAGAAUUAUUCCAAGGAAAGUCUACAACAUGUACAAUAUCAUUUGCUGAAAGGAAAUGUUCCACCAGAUUUAUUUCAUGUUAGUUUUUCAGGGGAAGAGGAUUUUAGGCACACAAUUUGAAAAUUUAAAUCUUGAAAUUUUGGUUUUUGCCACGUGGAAAAUAAAGUUUCGAAAAAUCAACGUGGAAAGCGAAGCUCAAAUAUUUAUUUUUAAAAUUUGCGCUUCAAGUUAUCCGUGUCCACGUGGCACCCAAAAUUUGAUCCCACAAAAUUCCACGUGUCAAAACUCUCCAAUUUUUUCAGCGUUACGUGUUGGAAAUUUGCGAUCAACUAAAAGGCGAUAUAUUUCAAAAAUUCUUGGAAAGCGAAAAAUUCACACGAUUUGCUCAAUGGAAAAAUUUGGAGCUGAACAUGCAACUAACAAUGAACGAUUUCUCGGUGCAUCGAAUAAUUGGCCGCGGUGGAUUUGGUGAAGUUUACGGGUGUCGAAAAGCGGAUACGGGAAAAAUGUAUGCGAUGAAAUGUUUGGAUAAAAAACGCAUCAAAAUGAAACAGGGUGAAACAUUGGCGUUGAAUGAAAGGAUUAUGUUGAGUUUGGUGUCGACUGGAGUAAGUUAUUUGAGGGGCGAAGUUUGAAAUUUUUAAGAAAAAGAAAAAUGUAUGCCCAUUCAUUUUUUGUUGUUUCACUGUUGUUUCAUUUCAAAAAUUUCACUGUUUCAAAGAAAUUUAAUGAACAUUUUGAGAUUGAGAGAAUGUUUUUUUUUAGUUCCCGCUUACUUCAAAAUAAUUAUUUUCAGUUUGGUCUUGAGUGAAUAUAGUUUUGUUUUUGAAUAUUUUUCGGAAAAUUUCUAAUUUUUGUGCUAAAAGUCCUAGUUUCUCAAAUGUUUCCUGUCAAAAUUGAACAAUUUUGAACGCACUGAAAUUUUUCCCAAAUCCUAAAAAUUAACUGUUUCAGAGUUAUCAUAAUGUAGAAUUUGAAGAAGAAAAACGUUACCAUUCAUAUUUUCGGUACUGAAAAUUAGUUGGAUAAUUUUUUGAAUUGUAAUUUCAACUGUUUCAAUGUCAAUGAGGAAUUUUAGAGGAAAAAUAUUAUAAUGAACACCAGAAGAAAUAAUUUACUGUUUCAAAAUUUUCAUUUAAAUUUUUUUGAGUUAUCAUAAACGAUUCGUUUGACAUGUUUUCAGCAUUAUAAAAUUGAAUGAAUCAUAUUCAAAACCCUCCUAAAAAGCUUUGAAAAUCUCCCAAAAUUUCACAAUAUCUAUUUUUGCAGCAAGAUUGUCCAUUUAUUGUAUGUAUGACUUAUGCCUUCCAAUCACCGGAUAAAUUAUGUUUUAUUCUUGAUUUGAUGAAUGGCGGUGAUUUGCAUUAUCAUUUAUCACAACACGGUGUUUUCACAGAACAGGAAAUGUUAUUUUAUGCUUCGGAAGUGAUUUUAGGAUUGGAACAUAUGCAUAAUCGAUUUGUUGUUUAUCGAGAUUUGAAACCAGCUAAUAUUUUAUUGGAUGAAAAUGGACAUGUUAGUUUUUGAGGGAAAACGAAAAGGGAACAGGGAUUCUUGCAACAAAAAAAACUUUUUAAAAGAUAUUUGAGAAAAUCAUAGGGUUUCUGAUUUUGAAAAUUGUCAUUUUUUCAGUGAAAAUUUUACUUUUUUUUUUGGAAAAUUCAAAUUCAAAUUUCCACUCCUGAUUUUCCUCUGUUCUCAAAAUAUUGAUUUUUUCCAGGUUCGUGUCUCUGAUCUCGGUCUCGCCUGUGAUUUUUCAAAAAAGAAACCGCAUGCUUCUGUCGGAACACAUGGUUAUAUGGCUCCAGAGGUUCUAGCAAAAGGAGUGGCUUAUGAUUCUUCAGCUGAUUGGUUUUCACUUGGUUGUAUGUUGUAUAAAUUAUUGAAAGGACAUUCGCCAUUUCGACAACAUAAAAGUAAAGACAAAAAUGAGAUUGAUAAAAUGACUUUGACACAGGUGAGACAAUCGACGGAAAAAAAUUUAGGCUAGGGUCGAAAAAUGUAUUUUUUGCAGGACAUUGAAUUACCAAACGAAGGUUUAUCUCGAGAUUGUCGCGAUCUUCUCGAAGGUCUUUUAAAACGAGAUGUUCCUGAUAGAUUAGGAUGCCGUGGAAGAGGUCCUCUUGAAGUCAAAGAUCAUCCAUUUUUCAAAGAUGUUGAUUGGCAAACUGUUUAUUUGAGAAGAUUAACACCUCCUUUAAUUCCACCAAGAGGAGAAGUCAAUGCAGCUGAUGCUUUUGAUAUUGGUAAUUUUGAUGAUGAUGAAGUCAAAGGUGUUAAAUUAACUGAAGCUGAUUCGGAAUUAUAUAAGAAUUUUAAUAUUAUAAUAUCUGAAAGAUGGCAAAAUGAAAUUGCUGAAACUAUAUUUGAAGUUGUGAAUCAGGAUGCAGAUAAAGCGGAACUCAAAAAACGAUCGAAACAGAAGUUGAAAGUUUCGGUUGAUGAAAAAGAUUCGGAUGUUAUUGUUCAUGGUUAUAUUAAGAAAUUGGGUGGACCUUUUACAAGUGCGUGGCAGACGAGAUAUGGAAAAUUAUAUCCGUCGAGAUUGGAAUUGUAUCCGGAAUCACUGAGUGGAAAACCUGAGGUUUGUAAGAGGAUUCCUAAUUUCCAUGAUCUACCCUUCUCUGGUAACUUUUAAAGGAAUAUUCUAAUUAUUGUUUUGCAGCUCGUUUUCAUGGAUCAAAUCGAUGAAGUUUGUGCCGAAUUGCAAAAUGUGAAGGGUGAAAAUGCGAUUGUUGUCAAAUUGAGAGAUGGAUUUAAAGAGCCCAGAAUUAGUUUGACAAAUACGGUAAGUACUGUUGUAUUUUAUUCACGCGACAAAUUCUACAGUAGCUAUAAAAUAUGCUAGGAAAUCCUUUUUUCAACCCUUGUUUUUCAAUAAAAAAAUCUCAAAUUAUCACGCAAAACUUCUUCUCCGAUUUUUGAAUUUCAAAUUUCAAUUUUCAGGACGAAAUCUCAUUGAAAGAAUGGCACACAUCGCUUCGAACUGCUCACAAAGUUUCAUUGGAAUUAUUACAAAGAAUGGGUCGAAAAGCCAUUAAAAUCUACGGUGUAAAUCAUGAUCCAAUGUUAUCAGAUAGUGAAAGACCAGGAAGUGUUACAAGAGCAUAUUUGAAUCGAGCAAGUAGUGUUGAUUCGGCUGGAGUUUAA